AUGGUAAACGAUUCAUUCAUUCAUGCAUGUGCCGGUGGGGCAGGAGGUGUGUUGGCAAUGACGGCAACCUAUCCAAUAAUGACCAUCAGUACGCGUGCAGCAGUUGAAACAAGAAAAGAUCCCGAAAAGUCACUCAUUGAAGCAGCAGGAAGGAUCGUUCAAGAAGAAGGUGUUUCAGGAUUGUAUUCAGGUUUGAAUUCAAGUUUGAUAGGUGUAGGAGUCAGUAAUUUCGUUUAUUAUUUCUUCUUUGAGAAAUGCAGAGAUGUAAUCCUUACUUCCAAAAAUCGUUUAGCAGCCGCAAAUGCUGCAACAGAAGGUGCAAAGAUUGCUGCUGGCGGUGCAUUAACAACACUAGAAAGUAUGCUAGCAGGUGCAAUUGCAGGAUCAGCAACGACUUGUAUUAGUAAUCCAAUCUGGGUUAUCAACACUCGUCAAACUAUACGAACCCAACAGCCUGCACCAUCAAAACAAGGCGGUCAAGUUCAAAAAACGAAAAAGUUAUCUUUCUUUGAAACGAUUGCUCAUGUCAAAAAGACCGACGGUAUUACCGCUUUUUGGAAAGGAUUAGGACCUGCUUUGGUUUUAGUCAUCAAUCCAAUUCUACAGUAUACCGCUUAUGAACAACUACGGGCUCUCGUCUUGGACGGAAAACGAAAGCGUGGAGCAAUUGCUCGUUUGUCUGAUAUAGAAGUUUUCUUGUUGGGCGCUUUGAGUAAGCUCUUCGCUACCGGCCUAACGUACCCUCAAAUCGUUAUCAAGAGUAGACAGCAAAGUGGUGGAAAAGGAUCUAGCAACGUUUGGACAGCAAUGACUGAUAUCGUGAACAGGGAAGGUCUUAAGGGAUUAUACAAAGGAAUCUUUACCAAAUUGAUUCAAAGUGUUUUGACUGCCGCUCUAUUAUUCGCAAGCAAAGAACGUAUCUAUGAAAUAACCAAAAAGGCUCUUGUUCCUGUCGCUGCAGCUGCUGCUCAAGCCCCUGGUGUAAAAAAUUAA